UAUAUUUUGGUAUCACUUUUUGUUAAAAUGUUGAUUGCGCACAGGCACAGCUAGUUCAUUUUAAAGUCUGUUUUUGUUUAUUAAAAUUUUUUUAAUUAUUCUUAUAUUCCCAUUCCCAUAAAACCCAGUGAAAAAAGACAAUGGAAGACAGCAUUUCUUGCAGUCCAGGUAAUAGUGGAAAAAAAUCACGAUCACGAAGAUUUCAUAAAAAUCCUAGAAAAAAACUUGCACAAAGCAUUACAAAACAUAUUGACGAGAAUGUUUUACCCAAAGAACAAUCUUACUUGGAAGCUCUCUAUGAAGAAUCAACACUAUCUGAAACAUUAAAUACUACAAGUCAAUUUCAAUAUUUCAAUCCAUUUGAAAAUGAAAAGCUACUCGCUGCCGCUGAUAGAGCUGAAGCCUCAACAUCUAGAAGUAGAAUGCAAAAUUUGACUUCUAAGGGAUUUGUUUGCCUGGAGAGUAAACAAUUUGAGGAAGAUAAUAAAAUCUCUUAUAUGCAACCUCCACAAUGCUCUACUCGACUUCAACGUGUUGUCACACCAAAAAGUCCACACGUACUUGGUCCACAAACCCAAUUUGGAAUUACCGAAUCUGAGUUUGUACGGUUUUGUGAUGACGUUGAGUUUGAUGUCUUCCCUCAAUCGCAGUCUGAUGAUAAAUGUCACAAGAUUGCCGAUUUGAUUGAAUGUAAACUCGAACCAAAAACGCCCGCAAAAUCGAUGUCAGUCGUUGAAGAAAUUCUCAAAGAUUUUUGUGGGUCACCAACGGAAAGUGAGAUCGAAGAAGAAAAGACACCGAACUCUGCUCCCAAAUUUCUAAAAGAAACCAAAUCGAUUGUUGAUGAGAUUCUUGAAGACUUUUGUGGAUCUCCAUUUAGCGAUUGUUCUCCGAAAGCAAAUUCCGAAGAUUCAACACCGAUUUUCCGCUUUAAAGAACAGCCAAUCCGCACUUACAGUGGACUCAAAAAGAGAAGACUAUUAGCUAAACGAAAUAUUGCUUCCGAUUCGAAUGUUUUUACAUCCAAAGACGAUGGCAAUACAAGUGACUCGUCGUCAGGAUUGUCGGUACAAGAAGAUUUUAGUCAGAGUGUUGUACCUCAAUUGGACACAGUAGACCUUAACAAAUCAGUCAAGCUUUGUGAGAAUCUUCUCAAUUUGAGUUCAUAUUUUUCACAAUUAUCAUCGUCAUCAUCUAAAAAAGAUACUUCUCCACCCACAGUUGUUGUGGAUGAUAAAAAAGAUCUUCGAUUAGGUGCAAUAGUUGACGAAAUAAUCAAACUCAAAUCAAAACCAUUGAGAAUAAAUUGGAAUAAGAAUGAAAGAGAGUUUCGGGGAUUUACUGAUUUUGAAAAUGAUUCACAUGAAUCUACAUUGCAAGAACUACUCGAAGACGAAGAUGAUGUUCUUCAGCUAAUUAACUGUGAUUCCCUUUGUUAUGAAAAGGUUGAGCCAAAAAAUUCGUUGGCCCAUGUCGAGAGUGAUUUGGAGAAAACUUUGAAAAACGCCAGUGCUAUGAUUGAGAAUGCUAAGGCAUUAUUGUUAUCAGAUAUUGGUGUAAACCAGCAACCACAAGAUUUGAUGAACAAGAGCAAACUAAACUGUGAUAACUAUGAAGAAAUUCAAAAUAAAGAGUCACCAACUGCCUCCUUCAAAGACGAACAGUUAUUUGAUGAAAUAGAUAUUUGGAAUGAUAAUGAAUGCCUCCUUAAUUAUAAAACUCAAAAACCUCAUCCAAUACAUGAAGAGAACGAUCUUUUUGAUAAUCACGUAGACAACAACAAAUUUCAUAGAUAUGAACAGCAAUAUGAACAAAUUACUGAUCCAUGUUCUUCAGUUUCUUUGAAUCUCUUAAAAAAUUCAAAUCAAUUUAGCAGAAUUCCUUCAAGAGAACAGUUUAGAACAAAAGAGAGAAAUAUAACUGAAUGCAAAAGAGAAGAAAAAGAAGAUUUUACUGCAAACGAUGUAGUACAAAAUGAAGGUGAUUCUAAUGACAAAUCAUUCAACAAGUUAUCCGCUUGCAAUUUCCAAGGCUUUGCAACAGCUUCUAGAAAACCAAUUGCAAUAUCAGAUACUGCUAAAAAGAAGGCAGACGAAUUUCUAAGAAAGUUCGAGCAACAAGAUCUUGAACAAAGAAUUGAAGUUACCGAAACAGAUUUUUCAAAAGAAUCCUCAACCCCAACAAAAGAACCUGUUUUACAACCAUUGGAUGUUGUACCAAAAUUAGAUCAAAUUAGCAGAAACCCACUAGGAAAUAAACAGACAUAUGAUUUGCCACCUUCAAAUUCAACGCCGAACAGUCUUUCAAAUAAUAACGGUUAUUUGGGAUUCUCCACAGCUUCGAAAAAGCCAAUUUCGAUAUCUAGUAAAGCUAAGCAAAAAGCUGAUAAUAUUUUAAAGAAAUUUGAACAGGAUGAACAAGAAAAACGAAUGCUUGAAACCGAAACUACAAGCCAAAACGUUGAUAAUAAAAAACAGGAGGAGGAGAGUGUUUCAUUGAAUAAAGUUGAAGACAAUUUAAAAGUUUCUAAUUUCGUAGGUUUCUCAACUGCAUCAGAGAAACCUAUAGCAAUAUCUUUAGAAGCAAAACGUAAGGCUGACGAAAUUUUGAAGAAAUUUGAACAAGUUGAAAAAAUCGAAGAAGAAACAAAUGAAAGAUUGACUCAACGACAUCCAAAUGAAGUUUCAGAAGAGGUGCGACGAAAAGCUCAAGAAUUGCUUUUAGAUAUUGAAUUCUUCGAAGAAGCUUUUGAGGAUGAACUCAAAGAAAUCGAAGCAGUACCGGUAUCUCAAGUUCAUACUGAGAAACACUAUUCCCAAAUUGAUGAAGUAUCUUCAAGUGUUAAAGUACCUGCCCAACCAACCAACAAACAAAUAUUUAAUGGCUUUCAAACAGCUUCUAAGAAAUCAAUUCAUAUUUCUGAAGAAGCUAGACGACGAGCUGAAAACUUUUUGAAAGAAGUUUACGAUGAAGAUUUACCUCAAGAGUUUCUUAAAUGCAUUGAAACCGAAAACAAUGAGGCAAAUUAUGUAAAUAAGAAUCCAGUUCGCAAUUCGAUAGGAAUUGUAGAACAAGUUGAUGGGGCACUCACAAGCCCUAGGCAUCAUCAUCAUGAUGUUCUUAACAAAGACGCAGAGCACAUGCAUGUUACAAAUGGCUCAGAAAUUAAAAAUGAAGAAAUCGAUCAUCGACAGUUCGAUUCUGCUUUUAAACGACUUCAUGAACAAAAUGAAGACUGCUUUAAAGACAAACGUUCGCACUCCGAAGAGUAUGAUCAUAUUCAAAAUAUAAAAAGUCGAAAGAGGAAACAUAGUGAAGGACUUGAGCUAGACAAAUCGUUUUCACUUAUUACUACUCCACGUAGGUUGAGUUGUGGUGAACGAACACCACUUAAUCGCAUUGAAAAUGGUCUUCUUGCCAAAAGCUCUUCACUGCCCAGCAAAGAAUAUAAUCCCAAAUCCGCAUUGAUUUCACGGAAGAAUCUCUUAUCUUUAAAUAAAAGAAAAAAAAGUGAUUCACCUGGUCAAAGAUUGGAAUCCAUUGCUGGACCUAAGACACCAGAAAAAGUACAGCAAUUAUCAAAUAUUCACAAUGCUGCUAGUUCAACACCAAAUCUUAAAGGCUUUUUUGACUUGGUGUCAACAAGCACUCCACGAUUGGUUCGCAAUGAAACAACAAAUAGAACGAAUCAGAACCGUUCAAAAGAUACAAUAGAUUCUGAUUUUCGCAAAAUACAAUGGGAAGAUUCAAAUAAUUCUUUUCGAAUAAAUAGAACAGGCUGUGCUGAUGAGUUAAAUGUGACAUUUUCAGAGGUCAGCCCAUCGCCUAAACAAAGGAUAGAAGUAUUGAAGAUGUACGGUGAGCCACCACCGAUUUCACCAAUUUUAAUGUUAAAUAAGUGUAGACCUUCGGGUUUGAGAAGAGGAAGAAGCUUAAUGAAACCCUAGUUGGGUUUGUGAUUUUUCUGUUGCCUUGUUAUGUAAAUAAGAGAAAAAUAAAUUAUUUUUUGUUAAAAGUA